ACUAGGGUUUUAGCUGAUUCUCUUGCGACGGAACACAAAAGCGGAGAAGAAACCAAGAGGAGGUUCCGAAAUCCUCUCUUUCUUUCGGUUUUAGGGUUUUCCUUAAAGGGAGUGAAGUGAAAAUGGUCGCGGAUAAGAGCAAGAAGUCGAAAAUUGAAGAGAAAGUCGAAGAUGAGAACUUAGAGCAAAUCGAUGGAGAGCUUGUUCUCUCAAUUGAGAAGCUUCAGGAGAUUCAAGACGACCUCGAGAAGAUUAACGAGAAGGCCAGUGAUGAGGUCUUGGAAGUGGAGCAGAAAUAUAACGAGAUACGGAAACCUGUCUAUGACAAGCGUAAUGAAGUUAUCCAAGCUAUUCCAGACUUUUGGUUGACUGCUUUUUUCAGUCAUCCAGCAUUAGGUGACCUCUUGACUGAAGAAGACCAAAAGAUUUUUAAGUAUUUGAGCUCUCUGGAAGUGGAGGAUGCCAAAGAUGUGAAAUCUGGAUACUCUAUAACUUUUCACUUCAAUUCCAACCCUUUCUUUGAGGAUGCCAAACUUACUAAGACGUUUACCUUCUUUGAAGAAGGAACAACAAAAAUCACGGCAACUCCUAUCAAAUGGAAGGAGGGCAAGGGCUUGCCGAAUGGAGUGAACCAUGAUGAUAAGAAAGGAAACAAACGUGGAUUGCCAGAGGAGAGUUUCUUUACUUGGUUUACUGAUGCUCAACAUAAGGAAGAUGCUGGGGAUGAGAUUCAUGAUGAGGUUGCUGAUAUUAUCAAGGAAGAUCUGUGGUCCAACCCUCUCACCUACUUCAACAAUGAUGCUGAUGAAGAGGACUUUGAUGGAGAUGAUGAUGGUGACGAAGAGGGAGACGAAGACGACGAUGAUGAAGAUGAAGAGGAGGAAGAUGGCGAGGAAUGAUUGGAGCCUAAGAUAACACAUUGCUGGCUUGCUUCUAUAACAGAUGUGUAAAGUUUGUGUUAUGAGGUUCCCAAUUUUAGCAAUGAUGAGACUAAGCUUUCUCUUUUGGAAUAUCUAGUUUAUUUACUAUCAUAGCUACAUCCUGUUUGUACGAACCAUUUCAUCAGUCAUGUCCUAAAUCUUGCCAUUGCUACA